AUGCCCGGACCCUCCAACAUCAACGCCCCCCUCCCACCUCUCCCUCCCUCCUCCCAUGAUCACCCAAAAUCCCCAUCCUUAUUCACCCUACCCUCCACAUCCUUCGGCUCCUCAUCCAACUCCCAACCGCCCCGCAAACUGAAACAACGCGCCAAAUCCUCCCCCUGGUUCUCCUUCGGCCUCUCCAAAUCCGCCAAACAAAUGCGCACGACCGUCCAAGACCUCCUCCGCAACCUCAUCCACCAACACCCACACCCCUCGACCGAGUUUCAAUUUUCCGACGUGUUGGUCAAUUGUAGGGAAGCCUGUGAGGCGCACGGGUUGGAUUUUUCGGCGAUAUUGCAGGAUGGGUUUAUUGAGGGCCAUACGCCGGUGUAUUGGGCGAUCGUUAAGCGGCCCGUGGCGUCGCAUUCGUCGAAGGGGGCGAUGAGAGACGGAGAAGAGCAGAGCGCGGGGCUCGUGAUGGCGCUGCUCUCGUACAUGAACCCCGUCACCCCCCUCACGAUCUCCGAGGUCCGACACGCCUGUACGCUCAAUUCGGACCAUAGGCUGUUUACGAGCAUCAGAGAGCGGUUCGGAGCUUUCGCGCCUUUAGUCGGGUCGGAUGCGAUAUUGCUGGGGAAUGGGAAUGGGGGUAUGGGCUUGGAGGAGGGGGAGGGGGCGAGGUGUGAUAAGGUGGUGGUGAUGGAGGAGAGGAUGGAUCCGACGACGUUUGAGGUCAGGAUGGAGGUGUUGAUGUUUCAGUUGAGGAUGCGGGUGACGGGGAGUGUGAGGGUGGAGUUUAUUGCGCGUGGUCGGAUGUGGUACAUCUUGUUUUCAACGCCGAAUAAAGGGCCCUGGACCGUCACGCUCGGUCUCUCAGACCAUAGUCCUCAAACCUACGUCGAUUCGCGUCUCGUCAUCUGCGACGCGCGUUCAUACCCAAACCCAGUCAUACCCAUCUCAUCUUCCUCAUCCUCAUCCCUACCACAACAUCUCUCCGCCCCUCCCACCCCAUCCAAAUUCUCCCGCCACUCAUCUUUCGGCCUCCCCCAAACUUCAUCCGCCACAUCACCUCCUCCACAACAUCCCGCCCGCAACUCGAUCUUCAUCACCGAUCCCAGCAAUAGCACCAGAAACACGAAAGGGAAGGGAAAGGGAAAGAUGCAGCCGAAUAUCAUCGUACGGCUUCGAUCGGGGAAUAAACAGUUACAGGCUAGACCCGAUAGUGGUAAGAAUGGGAAGAGCGGGUCAGGAUCGUCUGGAGGGGGAGGGGGAGGCAGCGGGGGAACAUAUGAGAUUUCGGAGGUGUUGGAGAAGGGUAUUGGUGGGGGUGGGAGUGGUGCUUCGUUGCAGUAUGAGUGA